UCUCAUUAUUUUCUAGAAUAGAUUGGGCUUUUGUCUUGGUGCUUCCACGACCACAGCUCCAGUCGAUAUCGAACAAUAUAAUCUAGAUAUGACACAUCGUAGAUUUAACUAAAUCUUGAUCUAGAAUCCAUUCUUCUAGACAUUGUCACCUCUAGAUCUAGUACUUUAAUACGUAACUAGGCUACACUGCUACACAGUACACUGACUCACUGGCUGAGACGACUGAGUACACUGACUGACAGUGACUGACAUUGACAACAGUGGAUCUAUACUAUCUAUACUCAUACUCUAGAUCUACACUUCAGUAGUAGUCUCUACAAUCUUUAUUGGCAUCCCACUGAUCAUUCGAUUAAAAUUCUAGAGUCUACUACAUUGAGUAGAUUCUACAUCUAGACAGUGUAUACAUAAUACAAUAAUACAGACUAUUAUACUCGAUUCAAUAAAUCUAUUCAGAUCUACCUUGAUUUGGCAACGCUGGCACUGGCAAUGUAUAGAAAUGUCUAGCAGCUCUAAUCAAGAAAAUAUAAAUAAGCCUGAAGGGCAAAGCAUUUUAAAUGUAGUUUUGGUGUUUUUGAUAAAAAUGAUUACUUGGAUAUUGAAAGGAGUUUCAAGAUGCACUCCACAUAAGGUGACAUCUCGCCUUCUAUCUACAUUUCAUCAGCCAGAUUUAAAAGCUAUUGCAAAAGAAUUGGAAAAUUUCCCUGGGGGCUCUAUUGACUUGACUAAAGACAAUGAAACAGGAAUAGCAGUCAUGGUUAUAAAUAAUCCUGAUAAAAGAAAUUCUCUUUCAGGCAAAAUGAUGGUUGAAAUGUCUGAGAAAGUGGAUCAGCUGGAGCAAUGGGCUCAAGGCAAAGGGCUUAUAUUGAUGGGUAAAGAUGGUUCAUUUUGCUCAGGCGGAGAUUUGGCAUUUGUUAAAAAGGCUCUACACUAUGGAGCCGAGAUGGCAGCCUUUCAACACCAUACCUUGACUAGACUCCAUAACCUGCCAUUAAUUAGUGUAGCCCUCUUACAAGGUCACACUCUAGGGGGAGGAGCUGAAUUAUCUACAGCUUGUGAUUUUCGUGUGAUGUCCACUUCUGGUAAAAUUGGGUUUGUCCAGGUGAAAAUGGGAAUAACCACUGGAUGGGGAGCAACAACAAGACUGGUCAGUUUGCUGGGUAGGAAGAAGGCCUUACAAUUUUUGUCCUCUGCUAAAAUCAUGAGCGCACAAGAGGCUCACCAAGAAGGGCUUGUGGACCACAUACUGCAGAAUUCUUUAUCCCACAAUGAAGAGUUGGAGGCCUGUAAACAAUGGCUGGGUUUAAAUUAUUGCAAUUAUGAUUCCAACUUACUCCAGGCUGUGAAGGCAUUAAUUGUACAUUGUGAUUCAAGUAAAGAUACUUCCAAGUCCUUAAAGUAUGAGCGUGAUGUCUUUGCUCAAUUCUGGGGAGGACCUGCACAGAAAGCUGCACUGGCUGCAAAGAUCAAACACAACUAAUAAUACUUGUAAUCUGUCAGUGAUCCCUAAACUACAGUCUGUGUGCCAGAUCCAGCCUGAGGGCUAUCUGUCUCCUUGAUACUCUUACCCACAGUGCACAAGCUGCUGAGCCUUAAUUCCAUUUAACUAGUCGUUGUUUGUUAUUUUUACAGUGAUGGGAAAGAGUUGGGUAUCACUGAUUGAUGUACUUGCAUUUGAAGAAUAAUGUUACCACCGCACUAUUUAAGUUUUCAGUUUGAAUCUGGUGUCAAUAUUCAUGCAUAAUUUAUUGAAUUGGUUCAUAAAUGUUGGUCCUUUUCACUUUUUAAAAUAUAAAAACUUUAUUUAUUUACAAUGGCCUAUUCAGUUGUACAAACUGGACUUUAUAAUGUACAAAAAGAAAAAGAUCAGCUAUGGAUAGGUAUAUUCGGUAACUAAAACCUAUCCUAGUUUAUUUAUGCUAUAUGCCUUGACCUUGUUAAUAAUGUUAUAAUAUUAAGAUGAUGUCAUUCUAGUCCUUCCAUGUGUUUGCCAGGCAGAAGGAGCUAUCAAUCAGCAAUGAAUUGUCUCACACAAUGUUAAGUAAUAAAAAAUUCAACACUUGGUGAAUACAUUUAAAAAAAAAAAAAGGUUUUAUUUAUCACUGGACUACUGAUUGAGAUAAAAAUGGUGUAUUUGUUUGUUGUUUUUUUUAUAUUGACCACCUAUAUUAUUUGUACAUUUGUUUGUGACUGCUUGUCAAAAUGUUGAACUGCAAAAUGUAUAUAAUCAAGAAAUGUCUGGUAUUUAUAGAAUAAACCAAGAAAUGAUU